AUGAUUCGAAACAAGCACAAUAGUCUGCCACCAAUUGGAAAGAAAGCUCUUUUUUUCAAGUCACCUAAGGCAAAAUCUGGGGGUAUCUCAUCCGGCAAAGCAGUUUCGACGACAACUACAACCGCGCUCCAUGAAGAGGAUCCACAACCACUUUCGAACAAUAACAAUGGCUUCAGCCAAAGCGAGCUACAAGAUUUCAAGGAAUCGUUUGCGUUGAUGGAUACGGAAAAUGAAGGGUCGAUAACGGCUGGCGUUCUCAGAGACUUGCUCCUGGCCCUUCAAGAUGCGGCAGGGGAGUCUGGCACGACGGUCUAUCCCCAUUUACGAAAGCUCUUGGCAGAACUGGAGUCAAUCCCAGCGGAGCAAGAUCUAGACUUGGAUGACUACAUAGAAUUGAUGGCCAAAACAAGUCUGCACCGAACGAUGCAAGAAGAAGAGGGAACAAAUUAUGCACAUGUCUUUGAGUUGUUCGACUUGGAUGGCAAGGGCUACAUCAACUUUGAAGACCUGGAGCGCAUAGCAAUGGAACUGGGAGAAUCUGACAUUCCACAGGAAGAACUAGAAGAGAUGAUUCGUAGGGCGCAGACAAAGCAGAAAGGACGUGUGUACCUCGAUGAAUUCGCGCGAAUGAUGAACUUGAAUCUAUUUCAGAACGCGGAUCCUAUCAACAGCUAA